AUGAUUAUAUCUCCUAAGCUCUUAACUCCUGAACAAUUUCCGUCUGUUGUUGGACUAUUGGCUGAGAGUUACAAUCCUCAUGUUCGUUAUGGUGCGGCACUGGCAUUGGGAAUUGCAUGUGCUGGAACAGGAAAUAAAGAAGCUAUUGCCGUUCUGGAGCCAAUGUUAAAUGAUGCUGUCAAUUAUGUGAGACAAGGUGUUUUAAUUGCAUCUGCAUUGAUAUGUAUACAACAUACUGAAGCAACAUGUCCAAAGGUGAAAAUGUUCCGUGAACAUUACAUGAAAGUAAUUAGCGAUAAACACGAUGAUGUUAUGGCUAAAUUCGGAGCAAUAUUAGCACAUGGAAUACUUGAUGCAGGUGGUCGUAAUGUAACAGUAUCAUUAUUAACUCGUAGUGGUCAAACAGAUACAAUGUCGGUUGUUGGUUUACUUGUAUUUACACAAUUCUGGUAUUGGUUUCCAUUAUCAUUAUUUUUAUCAUUAGCAUUUUCACCAACAUGUCUUGUUACACUUAAUCAAGAUUUAAAAAUGCCAAAUGUUGAUAUAAUUUCAAAUGCUCCUCCAUCUGUGUUUGCCUAUCCACCACCGUUAGUCGAUAAAAAAGAAGAAAAAAAAGAAAAAGUUGAAACAGCCGUCUUAUCAAUUACCGCUAAACAAAAAAAGCGUGAACAAGAGAAAAAAGGAGAUAAAACUGAUGAACCAAUGGAAACAGAUAAACCAGCUGUAGCCGCAACACCAGCAACAACAACAACAGCAGAAGAAGAUAAAGAGAAGGAAAAGGAAAAGGAGAAAACUGGUGAAAAGAAAGAAGAACCAAAGAAAGAAAAAGAACCUGAUUCAGAAACAUUACAUAAUCCAACACGUGUUAUGAAAGCACAGCAACGCGUCAUUAGUAUGCCAAAGAAUGCACGAUAUCAACCGUUGAAAGAUAUUACUCAUGGUGGCAUUAUUCUUGUUAAAGAUACACAGGCAUCUGAACCUGAAGUAUUCGUUGAAUUAGCCAAAGCUGGUGGUCCAACGAAAGAAGAAGAUCUUCCUGAACCAGAACCACCUGAGCCAUUCGAAUAUCGUGACGAAUAG